GCAUCCGCGUUACAAAAGAUUUCAUAAUCUUACAAAACUCAAAAAAAAAAAUCCCCUUUCACUAUGAUAUAUAUUAUAUAUUAUACAAGUACAGCGGCGGCAGCAACAGUCGUGCUGGGCCAUAGCACAAUAACAUGUGAUACCACUAUAAUAUUAUACUACUUAGAAUUUAAACGGCGGCAAUCGAACGUAGCUGGUAUAUCGUACCUACGGUUUUUUGUUAGUUUUAGUAAUUAUCAUUAAACGUUUUUUUAUUGGCGACGGCUUGCGGUAUUAUAUUAUGUGAAAACGCCAAAUCGUUUGACCUUGACGACAAACAAUUUUUUAAAAAAAAAACUUCAGCUGCGCUUUGGCUGGCGUCCCGUCCCCGGCGACUUAUCGAUUUCCGUGACCGUGAUACCGUUUUGCAGUCUGAUUAGUGAUAACCAGAUACCGCCGACGCUGUAACAUAAUAUAAUAUGACCUCUCGGCGGUUAUUGUGUUUUGUUGUUAAAAAACACACAAACAAAAGCCCAUUGCCGUUGCGUGUAAUCGCACUCGGUUAGCAGUUUCACGAAUUGUGCAAAAAAACGUCAGCCGCCGUCAGCGUUGGCUCGGCGCGCUUGCUCUGCGACGAUGGCACUGUGUCAAAGCAGCAGCUGCUGCCAAUGAUAUUGUCAUAAUAAUAAUUGUAAUAAAACCAAAUAACCGAAAACAACAACUACAACAGCAGCAGCGAACUAUGGUAGGUACACCGUCGUGCGGCUAAAGUCGAAAAGUGUACCCAUAUUAGAGCAGGCCUGGAAGACAACCCGGACGCGGUACGCAACAAUGGAUUCGUUUCUGGACCUGUUCGAUCCGGGCUCGAGCGCGCUGGCCAGCUGCGACAUAUGGCCGGAGGACGAUGCGUUCGCCACGCAACUGCCGCCGGAGCCGCAGAUGGGCAACGUAGAGUACAAGCUCAAGCUGACGAAUCCGUCGAAAUUGCGUUUCGAACAUCUAGUUACACAGAUGAAAUGGAGGCUCAGAGAAGGUCACGGUGAGGCCAUCUAUGAAAUCGGAGUCGAAGACACGGGCAUGUUAACUGGCCUGUCGGUCGACGACAUGCAGUCUAGUCUGUUAACACUCGACCAGAUGGCUAACAGACUCGGAGCCACUACGUCCGUGUUACGCGAAAGAGAAGUCGGCAAAGACAAAAUGGUAGCCGAAGUUUUAGUCAGAAAGGUACCAGAUGAUCAGGAAUGUAUAGAAGUAAUGGUUGCCGUGUUGGGCGGAGCGGACGCUGGAAAAUCAACGCUGCUUGGCGUUUUGGCUCAUGGAGAGUUUGAUAAUGGACGAGGUAGCGCACGGUUAAAUGUUCUUAGACAUUUACACGAACUUCGAUCUGGUCGAACGUCUUCAAUAUCACAUGAAAUAUUAGGAUUUGACAUCGAAGGUGAAGUUAUUAACUAUCAGAAAGCGCGUACCGCCGAAGAAAUACGUGAUCGCUCGUCAAAGCUUGUCACGUUUCUUGAUCUGGCAGGGCACAAGAAAUAUUUGAAAACCACAGUUGCCGGCCUCAGCGGCUAUUGUCCACACCAAGUCAUGCUAGUCGUCAGUAGUCCCGCCGUGUCUUCUUCUAGCGCUACUCCUUUGGACAUGACCAAAGAACAUAUGGAUUUAGCCCUGGCGCUAAGGCUGCCGUUCUGCAUUGUCGUCACCAAAACAGACAUUACGCCGGCAGAUAACACGUUAAGUUGGCUAGAGUCUAUAUUGAAGUCUGUCGGUAGCCGUAAAGUUCCUUUGGUAGUCCAAACAGAUGAUGACGUCAUCACGGCUAACGCAGCUCAGCAAACGCAAAACGUCGUACCAAUAUUCACAGUGUCCAGCGUGACCGGCAAAGGUCUGGAUUUGUUAACUAGGUUUUUGUACGUUCUACCGCCGAGUAUUAGCAUCAAAGAAAAAGAACGUUUGGAACAGGAGUGUUGUCAGUUUCAAAUUGACGAAAUUUUCAAAGUGCCCGACAUCGGCACUAUUGUCGGGGGCGUUCUCACACAGGGAGUUAUUAAUAUUGGUACAGAACUAGUCGUAGGUCCGUUCAACAAUGGAAAAUUUGCACCCGUCACUGUACAAUCGAUCCACAGAAAUAAAGCGCCUUGUAGAGUAGUCAAGGCUACUCAGAGUGCAUCGCUAAGUCUGGAACAGUCCGUGCCUGGCUUGCGCAAUGGAAUGGUGCUAUUAGGAUCGGGCGUAAAUCAUCAAGCGUGCAUGUUUUUCCAAGCCAGAAUCGUUGUACUGUACCACGCCACGUCCAUUCACAACGGUUUCCAGACGACAGUUCACAUAGGAAAUAUAAGGCAAACCGCCGCCAUCGUAGCGAUCAUGGAGUGCGACAAACGGGGAAUGCACACCAACGACACUGCGUCGGUAAUAUUCAAAUUCGCUCGCCAUCCGGAAUACGUUACUGAAGGGAUGAGGCUGUUGUUCCGAGAAGGACAAACCAAAGGCAUUGGCAGAGUCACCCAAGUGUUUGCCGUACAAGUGGAAGCGGCAUAAACUAGAAAUUUUAUUUUUAAAAUUGAACGAUAUAAAUUUUAUAGUGUAACGUUUAAAAAAGUAUGGUUGUUACUUUAUUUUGGCUGUUAAAGUUGUGGCCAGGUUUUACGGGGGCGCAUUAUUUGUCGAACACGGCUAAAUUUGAUUUCAACUGUAUAAUAUGACUUGUUAGUUAUUGUAAAAGUGCUAAGUACAAUGUAUAAAAUUAAAGGAAAAUUGAACAUUAACAUAAAUAAUACAGUCUUAUACUUUAGUGAACCAAAACGAUACUCGUUGUAUACUUUUAAAAAAUGGAGAAGAAAUCACGUGUCAAAUGAUUUGCAUUUGUCAUUUUUGUAGUUUUAUUUCUAAUCAAACUAUUUGUUAGGUAGUUAAGUUUGAUUCGAAAAUUUGCAACAUUAAGUACAGUUCUAAAACCAGACCAAACUCCAGUACCAAAUUUCAGUUCAGUUCAAUUUUACUUCAAACAGUUUGUUACGUCACUGUUUCUAAAAAUUAAAACAUAAUAUGCAAGACAUGAAGGUGUUUUUUUUAACUUACUUUGGUAAUACUUACCAACAUAAUGUACUUACCAACCUGG